AUGCUAAAGCAAAAAAAGCUGGAUGAGGCGCUGAGAGCAGGUGCAGAUGGAAGACGUGUUAAUGUGGAUAAGUUGAUGGCUUCAACGGUCCAUACUUUGAUCAAUUAUAACAUCGAAUUCACUCCAGCUAGCACUUCCCAGGACACAAUACAAAGUGGCAGUCUGAAGUAUAUUCUCCUUAAACCAGAAAAUGAGCCGACAAGAAAGAAAAACAUAACUAAUAAUGUUCAGUUAAAAAAAAGUACGGCGAAAUCCGGAUUUUGUAAAUUUCAUCGUAAAGAACACAACAAUGAAGUAAAACAAAGUAGAGAAAAGAGGAAAUCCAUUAAAAAAAAGUGGCCAAGCACGAUUCAAAAAUGUCAGCAGAAAAGACGACGCAAAAUAAACAAAAGUUGA